UGCUCGGCUGGAAGCUUCAUGACGGAAAGUGGAUGUCAGCAAUGUGGAGAUAACUCUUUCAGUGCUGCUGGAGCUUCUUCAUGUUCUGAGUGUCCGGAAGACAUGGUCUCAGCUGCCGGUUCUACUUCAGAGGAUGAUUGCGUUUAUGCUCCCUGCUCGGCUGGAAGCUUCAUGACGGAAAGUGGAUGUCAGCAAUGUGGAGAUAACUCUUUCAGUGCUGCUGGAGCUUCUUUAUGUUCUGAGUGUCCGGAAGACAUGGUCUCAGCUGCUGGUUCUACAUCAGAGGAUGAUUGCGUUUAUGCUCCCUGCUCGGCUGGAAGCUACAUGACGGAAAGUGGAUGUCAGCAAUGUGGAGAUAACUCUUUCAGUGCUGCUGGAGCUUCUUCAUGUUCUGAUUGUCCUGAAGACAUGGUCUCAGCUGCCGGUUCUACAUCAGAGGAUGAUUGCUUUUAUGCUCCCUGCUCGGCUGGAAGCUACAUGACGGAAAGUGGAUGUCAGCAAUGUGGAGAUAACUCUUUCAGUGCUGCUGGAGCUUCUUCAUGUUCUGAUUGUCCUGAAGACAUGGUCUCAGCUGCCGGUUCUACAUCAGAGGAUGAUUGCGUUUAUGCUCCCUGCUCGGCUGGAAGCUUCAUGACGGAAAGUGGAUGUCAGCAAUGUGGAGAUAAUACUUUCAGUGCUGCUGGAGCUUCUUCAUGUUCUGAUUGUCCUGAAAACAUGGUCUCAGUUGCUGGUUCUACAUCAGAAGAUGAUUGCGUUUAUGUCCCUUGCUCGGCUGGAAGCUACAUGACGGAGAGUGGAUGUCAGCAAUGUGGAGAUAACUCUUUCAGUUUUGCUGGAGCGUUUUCAUGUUCCAGUUGUCCUGAAAAUAUGGUUUCAGUUGCCGGCUCUAUGUCGGAGGAUGAUUGUGUUUUUGCACCAUGCUUUGCUGGAAACUACAUGACGGAUAGUGGAUGUCAGCAAUGUGGAAACAACACUUUCAGUGCUGCUGGAGCUUUUUCUUGUACAAGCUGUCCUGAAGACAUGGCCUCAGCUGUUGGUUCUACAUCAGAGGAGGAUUGUGUUUUCGCUCCAUGCUUGGCUGGAAGUUACAUGACAGACAAUGGAUGUCAGCAAUGUGGAGAGAACACUUUCAGUGCUGCUGGAGCUUCUUCAUGUUCUGAUUGUCCUAUAAAAAACAUGGUUUCAGCUGCUGGUUCUUCAUCAGAGGAUGAUUGCGUUUUUGAUCUCUGCUCGGCUGGAAGCUACAUGACGGAUAAUGGAUGUCAACAAUGCGGAGAGAACACUUUCAGUGCUGCUGGAGCUUCUUUUUGUAAGAGUUGUCCUAAAGACAUGGUCUCAGCUGCUGGUUCUACAUCAGAGGAUGAUUGUUCCUUUGAACAACGCCGAACAUGCAACUGCUGGACAAAGGAGUGUGGAUUCUGUUCCAGCAUGAAGUGUGCAGUAAAACAAGAUCUUUUCAAAUCCAAAAGAGGUAUCAUGGUUCGCUCUAAGCCCAAUCUGAGAACUUAUGACACAAUCUUCCUGUUUGACGUUGAAGGAAAGAUGCUCGGUCAGUUCCAGUGGAACCUAAAAGGCAUCUUCCUCGCGGGAGGUUGUGUCCAGUGCCGAACACCACCAGCGCUGAGAGAUGCAAGGAUAAAAAACGGACUUACAGCUUGGACCCUUACCCUUACUGAUGGAUUGCUCCAGAUCAAGAUUGGGGACAAGCAUCUUUAUGAGAAAAGUUUGAAGGGAGAGUGCCGCAAGAUAUACAGCAAAACUAGGCGAUUUGCUUUUUACAAUAUGAAAUGCGAGACCACCUUUUCAUAUCUGCCCAAUGAGAUGGAGAUUGGUGAUGGUAUGACAUCUGACUGUGCUGGAACUUGCCCUUCAUUUUAAAGUAGUGUAUAAUAAUGAAGUGAACUUUUUAGGCUUAGACUGAGAUUUAAGCGAUUCACCCACAUUGCUUUCAGUAGAUACCUUUACUGUAUAUUUUUGUCUUUAAAUCGAUAAAAGCCAUGGCUUAGUCAAUAUGUUCUGAGAUUGAAAUUGAAUGGAAUGUUUAAAUAGUGUACAAUUAUUUUAGUAGGUGACACUGUCAUUGCAGCUUAUCACUGGGCAAUCUUUUAUUAUUUGCAUGGUUUCGUUUAAUCAAUAAAAAUGAAAUUAAACGUGAAUUUAUCACAGUUUCUAUUCUUUCAUAAAGUUAUAAUUAUAUAGAAGGAAAGAGGGAUAUAUGGAGCACGUUAUGAACUAUUAUAUAUUAAGACAGUUUUUGUUAUGCUAAUAUCAUUGUAUUCAUAUCUUCUCAAUAUCUAAAAUAUCAUACAUCAAAUAAAAUAUUAUUUCUAGAUUA